AAUAAGUGUGAAUAUUUACAAAUAACUGUGGAGCAUACAUAAUAGAUGAUAUCAGCCUGACAUUAAAGUCAACGGAAAGCUUCAGAUUAAGUCAGAAACAUCGACAAUCGCUCGCUCCUCCGCGGAAGGAUAUAUUGUGUGUUGGUUUAGCGUCAGCGACAAAGGCAAAGGAAUAUGUCAGCGCUGUUCGGGUGCUACUGAGGAUAUCAAAGUGGCGAAAAAAGUAGGGAUAACUUUUAGGAAGUUAGCCACGAGCAUACCGGCUAGCCCGAGCGACAUUUAGGGAUGUUAAAUUCGGACGGUUUAGGCGAAGGACAACAAGCAUGGGGCGAUCGGCGACCAAGAAAUGAGAUGCCACCGUAUUUCAGAACUCCUGCACCCAGUAUGCAUUCUCGAGGCCCUGGCCUCAUGCCCGGUCACCCUAUGCCGUAUCGAGGCCACAUGGGUCACCAUCUGCAGGCCUCGCAGCAUGUGCCCGCAAAUGUAACGAUGUUUUCUCCACCGGUGUCCAAGAAUGGUCCUCCUGUCGGCCCGGCGGGGGCAGCGAGUAACAUGGAGUUUGGUGGCUACAAAUCAGGUUCUCAGAUAGAUGAAGGAACAUGGUCCUCAACGAAUCCCCCAGGUGGCUCGUUUGAAAAUAGAAUGUAUGAAGGUCAAAGUUUUAAUGGUCAACAACAGCAGAGUGAAAAUGUGAAUAUGAGUUACCCUGAUGUGAAUGCAUUACUGAACAAAGAACCUGAGAUACCCUUCAGAUCAGGAGGAAUGAACUCCUCACAGAACCUGAUGGGCCCCACCGUGCCAAUGUCUCCUAGCGCCAUGUCACCCAGCAAGUACUCAUCGUAUUACAACAAACGGCCAGAAGGCCGAAGAAGUGCUCAUGGACCAAAGUCCAGAAAGGUGUAUCCUCCUCAGAGCCCGGAUGAUUAUGGACAAGAAUCACCAAACCGUUAUACUUCUCCUAAACCUUCCUACGUGGAUAACUUCUACAUGGGAGACCCAUCUCCUCAUGGUGCGUCUGAUCCCUGGUCAUCCAACAACGGACUUCCCACAUCUACAUACCCUUCGUCCAUGUUGCCAGGCAACACACAGUACUCACAGGCGCCGUCAUACUCAGCCAUCCACCAUCCUCAUGACAUGGGCUACCCCACCAUAUCAAUGGCCCAGGAGAAUAUGUUAUCGUCAGGGUUACCUCCCAUGUCUACGUUCCGCGGGGGCACAAAUUUACCCCCUAGCUCUUCUUCCUUCUCCUCCUCAUCCCCUUCCGUCAAUGGCGACAUGAUGGGUGGUAGGGCCACACAAGGCCCAUCACAGACCGGUGACGCCCUGGGAAAGGCACUAGCAUCUAUAUAUUCACCAACAGAUCAUACAAGCAGUAAUUAUGGCUCUAAUUCCUCAACACCAGUAUCUUCCCCACCCCCUAUGUCAGGUGCAGCAAGCCAGUGGCAACGCCCGCCAGCACAAAGUUCUACCUCACCACACUUUGAGAGCGGUGGCAGCGGUGGUGGUACCAGUGGUGGCAGUGGUGGCACAGGUGGCAGUGGCCCCCUGCACAAUCUGGUGAGUGUGAGUCGGAUGGAAGAGCGGAUUGAGGAUGCGAUACAUGUACUGCGACACCAUGCUGAGAUGCCAGGCAUGCCCGGUCACCCUCAGGGGUUACCGUCCACCAUGAUGGGGUCAGGCUCACAUUCCAAUGGCAUGAUGGGAAGCAUGGGUGGCCUCUCGGGCCUCAGUGGCAUGGCAAGCCACCUCGAAUCGCUGACAAGUAGCCAUCACUCUAUGAGUGAUAGUAGACCAAGUACAUCGGAUCCAGCCAAACCUAUUGAUGUACUACGUGGUGAGAGUUCUGCUGACCCAGAUCACGAGAAUCUCCAGGCCGAGUCUUUAGACAAGGCAGAGGGAGAAUCUAUGAAGAGCGAGUGUAGUUCAGGGGGAGACAAAUCUCAACUUUCUCCUGGUGGUAGCUCCACAACUGGUCCUCCAGCCAAACGAUCACGUAGUAGCACUGAACCGCCUGAGGAAGACGAAUCUCCAGAAGCAAAGGCAGAAAGGGAGCGUGUGCGUCGCCAGGCCAACAAUGCGAGGGAAAGUACCGAUGAGGAUUCAGUCAGUAAAGCGAAACGCCGCCAAGCUAACAAUGACCGGGAGAGGGUUCGUGUGCGAGAUAUUAAUGAAGCAUUCAAGGAGUUAGGGACCAUGGUAUCCCUACACACAUCUAGCAGUCAGCCUCUCACCAAACUCAUGAUCCUUCAACAUGCUGUUAAUGUCAUCACCACACUCGAGGCUCAGGUUAGAGAACGUAAUCUGAACCCCAAGGCGGCGUGCCUUAAGCGUCGCGAAGAAGAGAAAACAGACGAGAUGCCAGGUGGGCGUGGUCUAUCAUCAGAUGACAUUGCUGCGCAGCAAGCCGCUCUGGCAGAUAGCCCUUCCAUGAGUGUGCCGGGGAUGAUGAACAUUGGAUGUAGCCGGGUCCCAGGGGCCCGGGCGGGCACCAUCACAGGGGGUCGGGACGGUGAAGUCCCACUACACAGCGCCUUCUCCUACCUUGGUCAGGAGAACAAUCCUGUGACUUCUGACCCGUACCGGUACAGUGAUGUCAAGUAUUCAAUGCAGGACUGUGAUGGCAGCCUUGGAGGUGGGUCCCUACCCCAGAAGAAGUUUCUAGGGGAGGGGACAGGCAGUCGUGCUCUCCACGGGAUGAGCGGGGAGGAUAAGACCCGGGGAGGCAUGUUCGGGAGCAUGCAGUGUUCACGGACUAAAUGAUGCAGGGAGCAUACAGUGUUCACAAACUUUAUGACGCAGGGAAAAGGCAUUGUUCAUGGACAAAAUGACACGAAAAGUAUGCAUUGCUCACAGACUCCUUCAGCAGGGAGCAUGCAUUGUGGUUCAUGGAUUGAUGAAUGUGGAAAGCAUACUUUGUCACAGACUUAUUGACAUAGCAUGCUAACUUGAUUUACAUACAUAUAAUAUGUAUAUAUAUAUUUACUUAUAUAAAUAUAUAUAUAUAGAUAUUACACUUUGGCGGGGAAGACCAAAGGCGCAGAGAGAGAGGAACAAGGUUGUACAUAUGUUGAUUCAUGCUUUACGAUUCUGUACAUAUUAAGGCCUAGUAGGGGAUAAUUCUCUACCAGUGCAAUCAGCGAUAAAAUCACUGGGAAAGUCUGAAUUACUUCCAGUAGGAACAAACAUCGUUUAUAUUGAAACGGAAAAGAUUUGUUGCUGAUAGAAUAGAGUGAGUGGUUGUGACAUUGUUUUGUUUGAGAUCUCUAAAUCUUUAAUCUUCGAUGGCGACAAGUAUAAUGAAAUGGGAAGUGCCAAGUCUAUCGAUUAUAUUUGGUCUUUAGGCCAAAAGUUUAUGAAAAUGCCCUUUCUGUUGGUUUAUUUUAACCUAUGCUCAGAGGUUAAAAUACCUAUAUAUAAGGGCAAUCAUGUAUUAGCAAGAUUGUGUAUAUGUUAGAAUGCAUAUCCUAUUGUGUAUUAAAUCCUGAAUUUUCUUUUUAAUUCUAAACUCAAGUUUUCUUCCUGAAAUGUGAGGAUGUGAAUUUCACUUAGUGAAUUAACAAUGAGCAUUGAUCUGGCUCUUGUUUCCCCAAUGACAUAGUUGUGUGGAUUUGAGCGACCAUGUUAUGGUGUAUAUCUGAGAUGUGAGACGUAGAUAUCUGAGAUGUGAGACUAGUAGAUUUGGUUGGUUGUGAACAUCUAAUAUUAAGUGUGAUAGUGACCAAUGGGUGCGACCUUUUGUGCCUUGGUCAGCAAAAAAAAAAGCUUUAUCUUGCACGAGAACAAACGUUCGGGUACACCAGUGUCUAGGUAGGGGUGCCCAUCUAUAAAAAAACAAAGUGCUGCCACAAUCACCAGAUGUAGGAUCAUCGUCUGUCAUGUGAUUAUGUUUAUUAAAAAACAUCAGUUAAAUAAUGUUAUAUUAUAUAUAGGAAAAGGGUGGAUGGGGUUGGGGUGGGAAAUUUUUAAACUUGAAAUCAAAUGUUGAUGGCUUCCUGUAGAAAUUUUUAAUCAUGAUAUUGAUUUAUAAGAAACAUUGCAGUUAGUACUGGCAGUUUAUAAACUGUCCCAGAAGUUCUCUGGGAUAUUUCUAGUGAAUAUUUUUCCUUGCUUAUUUGAUGUGAAAAUUUCGAUUUUACUCCACACAUUUUUGGUGCCUAUUUUUCAUCUGUUACUUGGCUCUGGGUUUGAUGAUGUCAUAUUGGAUAUGAUAUACGACAUGUUCUGUAUUAUAUUUUUAUAUUAACAUGAGUUUUUCCCUGCGUGUGUACCCCGGAUGUUAGGAAACCCUCUACACUGAGAAUUAUUCGGUGAAACCUUCAUUGGGUGAAGCCUUAUGUAAUACUACCUUCAUAUCUGUCAGUAUCAUUCAACAUAUUAUAUAGAAAAAAAUAUUGUUUCAUUUCCUCAUCACAAAUGUCAGUAAGGUUUCGGUGAAUCAUCACAUUUAUUAGUUAUGUUUGAUGAUUGUACACACAGCAGGAAAAAAUGUCUUCUUUUUAAGAAUCUCUGAUAAUUUUUUGUCAUUUUUUGUGUGUGUGUUAAAGCCAAAACAAGGGUUGGUUGCCUAUGUGUACCAAUCACCUUCGUAAUUCAAGGAAUGUGUAGGAUGUGUACCAAUGGUCAUAUAACAGGAAGUUAAAGUGUAGGAUGUAUACCAAUGGUCAUAUAACAGGAAGUUAAGGUGUAGGAUGUGUACCAAUGGUUAUAUAACAGGAAGUUCAUGUGUAGGAUGUGUACCAAUGGUUAUAUAACAGGAAGUUAAAGUGUAGGAUGUGUACCAAUGGUCAUAUAACAGGAAGUUAAGGUGUAGGAUGUGUACCAAUGGUCAUAUAACAGGAAGUUAAGGUGUAGGAUGUGUACCAAUGGUCAUAUAACAGGAAGUUAAAGUGUAGGAUGUGUACCAAUGGUUAUAUAACAGGAAGUUAAUGUGUAGGAUGUGUACCAAUGGUUAUAUAACAGGAAGUUAAGGUGUAGGAUGUGUACCAAUGGUUAUAUAACAGGAAGUUCAUGUGUAGGAUGUGUACCAAUGGUCAUAUAACAGGAAGUUAAAGUGUAGGAUGUGUACCAAUGGUCAUAUAACAGGAAGUUAAAGUGUAGGAUGUGUACCAAUGGCCAUAUAACAGGAAGUUCAUGUGUAGGAUGUAUACCAAUGGUUAUAUAACAGGAAGUUAAAGUGUAGGAUGUGUACCAAUGGUUAUAUAACAGGAAGUUAAGGUGUAGGAUGUGUACCAAUGGUCAUAUAACAGGAAGUUAAGGUGUAGGAUGUGUACCAAUGGUCAUAUAACAGGAAGUUAAAGUGUAGGAUGUGUACCAAUGGUUAUAUAACAGGAAGUUAAUGUGUAGGAUGUGUACCAAUGGUCAUAUAACAGGAAGUUAAAGUGUAGGAUGUGUACCAAUGGUUAUAUAACAGGAAGUUAAUGUGUAGGAUGUGUACCAAUGGUCAUAUAACAGGAAGUUAAAGUGUAGGAUGUGUACCAAUGGUCAUAUAACAGGAAGUUAAUGUGUAGGAUGUGUACCAAUGGUCAUAUAACAGGAAGUUCAUGUGUAGGAUGUGUACCAAUGGUCAUAUAACAGGAAGUUAAUGUGUAGGAUGUGUACCAAUGGUCAUAUAACAGGAAGUUAAAGUGUAGGAUGUGUACCAAUGGUCAUAUAACAGGAAGUUAAGGUGUAGGAUGUGUACCAAUGGUCAAAUAACAGGAAGUUAAUGUGUAGGAUGUGUACCAAUGGUCAUAUAACAGGAAGUUAAAGUGUAGGAUGUGUACCAAUGGUCAUAUAACAGGAAGGAAUUCUACUUAACAUGUUGGUGGUACCACCAAGUUGCCACCAAGACAGAUCUUGGUUGUCAGGCUGUAACUAGGACAGAUCUUGGUUGUCAGGUUUGUAACUAGGACAGAUCCUGGUUGUCAGGUUUGUAACUAGGACAUAUCUUGGUUGUCAGGUUUGUAAAAAAUAGGACAGAUCUUGGUUGUCAGGUUUGUAACUAAGACAGAUCUUGGUUGUCAGGUUUGUAAAAAAUAGGACAGAUCUUGGUUGUCAGGUUUGUAACUAGGACAGAUCUUGGUUGUCAGGUUUGUAGCUAGGACAGAACUUGGUUGUCAGGUUUGUUACUAGGACAUAUCUUGGUUGUCAGGUUUGUAACUAGGACAGAUUUUGGUUGUCAGGCUGUAACUAGGACAGAUCUUGGUUGUCAGGUUUGUAACUAGGAGAACCUGGUUGUCAGAUUUGUAGGAAGAACACAGACUUGUUGUCAAUUGGACACAGAGCUGGUUGCCACUAGGACAGAACUUGGUUGUAAGGUUUGUUACUAGGACAGAUCUUUGUUGUCAGGUUUGUAACUUGGACAGAUUUUGGUUGUCAGGCUGUAACUAGGACAGAUCUUGGUUGUCAGGUUUGUAACUAGGAGAACCUGGUUGUCAGAUUUGUAGGAAGAACACAGACUUGUUGUCAAUUGGACACAGAGCUGGUUGCCACUAGGACAGAACUUGGUUGUAAGGUUUGUUACUAGGACAGAUCUUUGUUGUCAGGUUUGUAACUUGGACAGAUUUUGGUUGUCAGGCUGUAACUAGGACAGAUCUUGGUUGUCAGGUUUGUAACUAGGAGAACCUGGUUGUCAGAUUUGUAGGAAGAACACAGACUUGUUGUCAAUUGGACACAGAGCUGGUUGUCACUAGGACAGAGCUGGUUGUCAUUAUAAGUGGUCGUCAGUUUUCCUGGUGUACUUACAUGAUGUACGACAGUAUGUGUGUCUGUUGUAUGUAAUAUCAUCCUAGUUAUCACAACACUCACUUCCAAUUUUACAAAUUUUAAUAAAUUUUAUCAUCUAUUUUUGAAAUGGAAUAUUUGCUGCAUUGAGAAUAUGUGUAGUAGUUACCAUGUGAUCAUGAGUUUACUCUGUGACCCUGCUGACCUAUAGCUGAAUAAUGAACUCAAUCUCCUGACUCAAAGUCUGGCAAAAUCUUCAAAUGAUUUUUAUUUGCUAUCACUCGGUAAAAUAGUGAAGUUCGUGUAUAAAUGACUUUGUAGAGAGUCAGGAAUAACCAGCUGUAGGGACAGGGCACCGGGUACUCCUGAUGGUAGAUUAGACCAGUAGGGGGCGCUGUAUACCUCUUCGAUGUCAGAGGGACAUUGGCGUCAAACAUUGGUUCUUGUAUAAAAGGGUACAAAAAUAAACGUAUAAAUGAUGA